AAUGGCUGCUUAUAUUUAUUCAUGUCAAGUUAAUUAUUGUUGUUUGAAAAAACCUCUUAUACCCAAAUUUAAAGAUUUGAAAGCUUCUGUUUCAUCUACUUUCAAGCCAUUUUUGUCAAAUUUGGAUCAUUUGGAUGUACCAAAAGUUAUUAAGGAAAUUUCUUUCAAAUUAUUGGAUAAUUUUGUAGAUUUCACCUUUGAAUUUGUGGACCAACCUUUGCUCCCAUCUCAGAGUAAUUUUGCACCUGUCGAAGAGAUUGGAGAAGCUGUGAGAGUCACUACAAUUCAAGGGGAAAUUCCAAAUGAUUUCCCAGAGGGUGUUUACAUAAGAAAUGGAGCAAAUCCUCUAUUUGGAGGACUAAAAUCAACCAAGUCAAUAUUUGGAAAAUCAAGCCAUAUAUGGAUUGAAGGUGAAGGAAUGCUUCAUGCUUUGUACUUCACAAAAGAAAAAGAAACAGGCAACAAAUGGAAUAUAUUGUACAAGAAUAAAUAUGUAGAAACAGACACAUUUAACAUGGAAAAGGAUAGAAAAAAACCAAGUAUUAUUCCUAAUAUGGAAGGGGAUGCUCUUGCUGUUUUCAUGGCUUCCCUUUUAAAUCUGUUGAGAUUUGGUGUAUUUCACAAAUAUCUAAGCAACACAAGUGUGUUUAAGCACUCAAAGAAGUACUAUUCAAUUGCUGAAAAUCAUAUGCCUCAAGAGAUAAACAUACAAACACUUGAAACUUUGGGAAAUUGGACUAUUAAUGGAGAUUGGAAUCGAUCAUUCACAGCUCAUCCAAAGAAAGUCUCAGGUACAGGUGAACUUGUUAUAAUGGGAACAUAUCCACUAAAGCCUUAUUUUGAGCUAGGAGUCAUUUCAGCUGAUGGAAAACAAAUGAUUCACAAGGUGGAUCUCAAAUUAAAUAGGUGUAUUCUUUGCCAUGAAAUUGGUGUUACAAAGAGGUAUAAUGUGAUUUUGAAUUUUCCACUAACUAUGGACCUAAACAGACUUACUAUUGGAGAGGAAUUAAUAAAAUACAAUGAAGAUGGAUAUGCAAGAAUUGGAAUAAUGCCACGUUAUGGUGAUGCUAAUUCCAUUAAAUGGUUUGAAGUUGAACCAUGUUAUGUAUUUCAUCUAAUAAAUUGUUUUGAAGAUAAUGAUGAGGUGGUGGUGAGGGCAUGUAGAGCUCGUCGAUGGAUUAUACCAAGACCAAACCUCACAAUAGAUGAGUCAGAGUUGAGUUUGGAUGCGUUGAACGAGAAGAGUGAAGUGAUGAAAAAUCUAACUACAAACGAUCAUCGGUUUAUUAUGGAAUUCCCAAUGAUCAAUGAACACUUCAUUGGUCUUAAAAACAAAUUUGGUUAUCUACAACUUAUUGAUUCAGAAGCUUUCUCUAAUUACUUUGGUUAG